GGGGCUGGGGCCGGCAUGGCUGUGCGGGCAGCCCUGCUGCUGGGGGUGCUGCUGCUGUCCCACCACCCCGGGGACACAGCAAUCCUGGAAGCCAAUGGCAACCUGAGCUGCCGCUGCCUCAAGAGCACCCGAGCCUUCAUCCCCCCGGAGAAGUACAGCAGCAUCGAGGUGUGGCCCGUGGGGAGCAGCUGCCGGCGCCUCCAGGUGGUGAUUAAGCUAAAGAGCCUGAAGAGGGUCUGUGUGGAUCCUGACACGCCUUGGGUGAAGAAGCUCCUGCGGGACCUGCCUCAGCUGAGGAAGAAAAAGGCUCCCCGCUGAGGAAGCUGCCGCCAGAGACACGGCCAGAUGUGCUGGGCCCAGAACUGCCUCUCCUCCCCAUCCUGGUGUUGCCUUACCGCGGUCCAGAGGGGAGCAUGCUGCUGCCUGAACCCCUUUUUAUGCCUUUAAACCCUUUUAAACCCUUGCAGAUGCCCAUCCCUGCUUCCAGCCUCUCCCAUCCCGGAGCCACGCGCUGGGUGUCCCUUUUGGGCAUGACCCAAUAAAGGUGGUGGCCUUCUGUCACUGUCCCUUGCCUCCCUACAUGUGACAUGCCAUGGGCUUGGGGUGCUUGGGGAGGGUGGCACGGGGGGCACCAGCCUUUGGUCAAAACCACGGCAGGUUUGAUGAGGAGGCUACGGCAUUUUCUGCUUUUUUUUUGGUGGGGAGGCAGCACGGGCCACGUGCAGCGGGGGGGAAGCGAUGGCAGGGAAGUUGAGGUGUGGGGCUACCCCUUUUUCCACCCCCCCGGCACUUCCCAGCCCUGGAGGGGGAUUGUGAAAUCCCCCUCUGGGGCGAGGGGCUGGCUAUAAAACAGGCCUGGCCUAGCUCGGGGCGGGCAGCGAGGAUGCGGCUGCUGCCGGCGGCGCUGGCCCUGCUCCUGCUCCUGAGCUGCUCGGUGCCGGGGGGUGGUGAGUGCCUUUGGCUGUCUGUCCAUCCACAUUCCCCUCCAAUGACCCAGACAGUGGCACUGGAUGUCCCAGACGGGGCUGAGCGUGGCUUCUCGUAAGCUUUCAGAUGGGUUUCUUGGCUGCCUUUGAGCUCGAGUUUGUGGCUCAAGCUGGAGGGGAGUACUGGGGGUGCAGAGGGGGGUUUUGCCUCGUGGCUUUAGGCUGCUUUUUCUUUCAGACCCCCACAAAACUGAAGUGCUUGCUGGGUUGAAUUCAUGAAAUGUUGGUUAAGUUUUUCCAAGCCUGCAGCUAAAACCCCUUCCAUGUACAGGAAGAGAAGGUCUGAGGCUGUGCUGGGAGGGAUUAGCUGCAAACCCCAUGAGCAGCAGCCCGUGGGUGUCAGGGAUGGGAUCCUGGCGAAGGGGUGUUCCCAUGUGGCUCCCCCACGGGGGGCCAGACCUGGUGUGGGCUGUCCUGGGGCACAGGUCUGUCUCUGGAGAGCCUGCUGACCAACAUGAGGUGCAAGUGCAUCAAAUCCACCGCCCACGUCAUCAACCUGGGGCUGAUCCUCACCAUCGACGUUACCCCGCCGGGCAUUCACUGCCGGAGGAAGGAGGUCAUCCUCACCCUGAAGAAGAACAGGCGGGUGUGCGUGGCCCCCGAGUCGCCCUGGAUCCAGCUGCUCAUCCACAAGCUGAUGCAGAGGAACGGCACCAAAAAAGCGUUGCCUCGGCCGCGGCGGGACGCACCGUGCUGCCGGACCCCUUGGAGACCCCCCACCUUCCCACUGUCCCGAUCCACGGAAUCCAGGGUCACCAAUUCCUCGUGAGACAGCAGUGACACAGCCCCCCUGCCCUGAGACACGCUGGGUUUAGUGGCACAACGCUGGCACUUCCUCUGCUCCCUGGGUUUUGGCAGGGCCUUUCCCUGUUUUCCCGCUGUUUCCCUCUGUUUUGGGUGCCUGGGCUGUUCCCAGGCACCACCAAUAAAAGGAUGAAUGUGCUUCCCCC